UUUUUUUUUUUUUUGGUGCUAGUCAACAUGUAGCCACACCCGCACACACACCCAUUGAAGAUCCUCAUACCUCGGAGCGCUGCCGAUGCAUCUGGCGGUCUAGGGCUGAUGCUGUUCCCGUGUUUUCAACGGUUCAUCGUCAGGGCAAGAAAAACUUUUCGUCUGUUGACUUUAACAUGGUGUCGAGCGGCUCUAUUUUCCUAUCAACGGGAGUGACCUGUUCAGGUAUAUAACCACUCACCUGCUCCCCUCUGUCCGUCGUCAUGCGUUCCACAGGCAUCCAAUAGUUCCUCAGUAUAAAAAGGCCUCGGGAGCCUACUGUUCUAUUUUUGGGCUCCCGCCAGACCACUUUCAAUCUUACACCAAGUAUUUUCACAAUGUCAAACCUUUCCGAGAGACAGUCCAAGUUGGACAAACACCGGGACACCAUCUAUCGCUUGUACAUCACGGAAAACAAAACCCUAUCGCAAGUUAUUGACAUUAUGAAACGCGACCAUAACUUGCUGGCUUCGGACAAAAAAUACAAGCGUUACUUCAAGAUCUGGGGAUUCGAGAAAAACUACAAGACCAGUGAAAUGAUAUCCAUGCUCAAGAUGCAACAAAAGCGGCUCAGGGAAGGAAAGAAAACGAUAUUCUGCAACGAGCAUGGCCAGAAGAUACCCAAGAGCAAGUUCACGCGGUUCAAGAACCGUCACACAAUCAGGGAGUUUGCGGAUGAAGAGUUACAAGACGUCGAAAUCCCAAGAGGCAUCACCUACAAAACACCCGAGCCAGAUGACACCAAAACCCGGUCGAAGAAUCGUCCCAGCACCAAUAGAACUGGCGAAAGAACAGGCAUGGGGAUGGAGGAACCUCAAGUCAUACCCGCAAGAUCAGGCUCGUCAUUGUCCAUGUCCUAUCCGAACUGGAGCCAGUGUCGGGAUACCGAUUUUACCCCAACGAAUGCCUCUCCUGCGCCUUCGGCGUACUCCUUGAACACUACAAUAGGUGCUCCCACUGCUCCAAUGGCGGCCUACGCGUCGAGGCAUCAUGGCCAGAUUGAGACACACUUCUCCCCAUACUCGACGGCCAUCAGCGACCCAGGUGAAUAUCAGUUAUCUGCAAGUUUAAGACAGAGCUCAGUGUCAUCUAUGCCGCCCCUUGACUUGAGCGACAACCGGGCUGGGCUCUUUUCCAGUACCGUUCCUUCUCCCGCUCUUUCUGCAUACAUGUUAAACGCUACUCUUGGCUGUCAAAUUUCACCAGUGGCAGCAUACACGACAACUGAGCAGCGUUCAGCGUAUGCGCUGGAUUCCCUAACACAAUUUUCAGGUGCCCACACCGCGGGUUCUGUUCACUUAACCGCCGGCGCAAGGCCGGGAUCGUCGUCAUACAAUAACUAUCAAGGGAAUCAUGUUGGGCCUUCCCGUGGUACUAUUAACUCUCUCGCAACCUCAGCUUCAUCACUAAACAACACCUGCGACCUUGGUGCUUCAUCCGCUUAUCCCUUUAACAACACAAUUACUGCCCCUGUUCCCCUCUCCUCUCCAAAGAAUGGCCAAGGGCAGUCUUCAGCCAAUGAUCCCAUCUCGCCGGGUCUACAGCUCAUUGAUUCCGGUCCCUCUCCAGCAUGCGGUCAGGGGGAGGUACUCUUCGGUUCCGGACUCGACAACUAUACUGGUGAUUAUGGCAGAUAUGAUAGUAUACCAACAAGCAAUGCGAACAACACAUACUCUCUUGUGUUGCAGCCAUAUCUUGAUGGGAUUGAGGAGUAUCCGUACUGCAAUACAAAGAGUUACUACAUUGCCGGAUAUCAGGGCGGAAAUGGCGUGGAUGAAAGUUUGGGGUUUCGAUCUCAGUCCCAUUGAGGAAAGAUGGUUCUGGUGAUGGUGAGGAUAAGGCGAUAAGUGGGCACAGAGCAAAAAAGAAAAAAAGAAAAAGGGGAUAGAAUGCUGCAUUGAACUGACUUCUUUGACUUCUCCGCCCUUGAAUAUUCGGCAUCGUUAGAGUAGGGGCUUACGCUGUCCCGUUUGUCGAGAAAGAAAGCUUCCUGGCCUGGACAAUGCAGCAUAUGAACGGGGCAAGCCAUGAAGCAGCCGGGGCAUACCAUUCCAAGCUAUUUAUUAGACAUAGCGAUAGAUAAAUCUGUCAACCCUCGCUAGAGUUUGUUAGCCCAUCACAUAUGCGCCGUUUCAUGACCGAGAUUGUUUCAUCGCUGUACAUGUUGGAGUGAAGAGGUUCAGCAACAUGAGGUUGAUCUGGAAAAAGAAAAAAAAGAUAUAGGACAUGGAAGACACGAAGGAUAUAUCUGAGAUUAAUUCGAUCGGGACGAG